UUCUUCAUCAGAUCAAAAUGGACAAAAUUACAAAAUUUGAGACAGCUAACGUAAAUCUAACGGUAGUUAUCGUGAACGAAAGAAUUGCUGACAUAGAUCCGGUAACUAUUAUAGGUGGGAUGGGAUGGUACAAUCAUUACUUCUUUAAGCUUCCACAGUCGCUGUAUUUCAGUUGCAGAUACUUUUCGAUCUUAUCUCUAUACUUAGCAUCUACAUUGGCAUCAGCAGGGACUGAGAUAUCCAUUAGGUGAGCAAUGCCCUGAUUUUUAUCUAGAAGGACCAUAUCUGGCCUAUUGUGCGGGAUGGUCUUGUCGGUAUGGUCGGGAUGGUCUUGUCAAAAAAAGGGAAAGAAUGGCACAGUGUCAUAAAGCCAACAAUAUGUUAGAUUUUAAAAUGCCUACUGAAUGGAGAGACCUUGAUAUUUAUUUCCAACGAUUAGAAUCAUGCAUGAGAGAAAAAGGUUUUUCAGAUAGUGAUGUGAGAGCUGGUCUUCGUUUAACGGCGAAUACAGAAGUCACUAAAUGGUUCGAUGACAUGGAUAUGAUAUAUAAUACGUUACAUAUGAUAUACGUUACAUAUGAUACGUUAUAUAUGAUUACGUUUUAUAUGGAUAAAUUACAUAUAAGAUACCAAAUUUUCUACCACCGAAAACAGAAGCCUGACGAGAGUGUCCUUACAUAUAUAAGAGAUAAGAUUGAGCUAUUUAUCUGGCUGGAAAAGGGCAAAGAAGAUGAAGAGUGGGCGUUUCAGUUGGAAAAAAUAAAAACAUUUGAUGGCGGUUUACCUGAGGCAAUCAUGGCUAGUAUUAUACCAGAAGUUUGGACUUAUUUGGCUCAAUAUAUACCAUACGAGGAUUUUGAAGACCUCUUUUGGCAAUAUUAUCGUGAAAUUUUGCAGGAUGUAUCCAAUUGGGUCAUAGAGAAUUCUUUUGAGUUUGCAAAUCAGCUGGAUAACAAUAUUGGAAACAUGGGUACUGUACACAGUUCUCCUAAACAGGAAAUGGUUGUUGUAGGAUCUAUAUCAGCGGACGAAAAAAUCAGUGCUGAGCCGAAGAUUCAGAAUGAGAGUGCCGUUGCCAUGGAAAUUGUUAGAGGAGAUGAUAAUACGCAUGAAAUAGAAGUUUUAAAUCAAAAUAUCAGUGAUUGUCAAAGGGCGCAAAAAAAUGUUACGCCAGCAGUGCCUGUUGAGAGUAAUUGUACCGAUUAUUAUGACUUAGAUGCAGAAUUGAAAUCUAUUUUUGGCAGUUCACAUGAGAUAUGUUGUCCAGAUACUGUUGAGAGUGAUUAUACCGAUCAUCAUGAUUCAGAUGUUAAGUUGGGAUCUACUUUUAUGCGACCCACAGGAGUUCUGUCAGGACGUUCUUCAUGCAGUAACAGCGGGUUUUGUUCUGACGGCUUGACCAUCCCUGAGACGCAGCGUUGAGGUAGCAGCAUUCGGGGGAGUCCAGAGGAGGACGUGCUUGAUCCUUCCGCCGUCGCAUUGCCGGCCGACCAGUGUCUCAUGACGGAUGUCCAUGUCUCAUUCCUGGAUGUCUAAAAGCACAGGCCUCAUACCCCGCGUCCAAGCAACGACCACUCAAGGACAUCGUCGGACAUUUGUGACCUUGCACCAUUCACCAAGGCAAGGGGCGUUGACGAAUUGCGGAGCAGCGCACCACCAUCCGCACCCGGUGAUUUGCGAGGGUUGGUGGGGCAUCUUGGAACCUUGGUACCGCUAACCUACGCUUGGCACCAUCUCCCGGUAUGCAACGUGCCUACCUAUGGAACCUACGCUUGGCACCAUCUCCCGGUAUGGAACGUGACUACCUAUGGUAACCUACGCUUGGCACCAUCUCCCGGUAUGGAACGUGACUACCUAUGGAACCUACGCUUGGCACCAUCUCCCGGUAUGGAACGUGCCUACCUAUGGUAACCUACGCUUGGCGCCAUCUCCCGGUAUGGAACGCAUCUAAGUACCUCUGGAUAGCUCACUCUUGGAAACAUCAGGGCAGGGGACGUAGCUCGGGUGAGCCACUCGCUUCAGUCACUUCGUGCACAUGAUGGCAGGGAUCGGCACAGCCUCCGGCAGGACUCUCGGACGAUGCAAGCAGGCGGCUACGCGAGGAUGGGACAGCUGGAUGGUCAAUCUCGAGGAACAGGAAUCGGUCAUGGCAGCACUUAAAAAGUUUUUUGGAAAGUUUUUUUUUGUUGAAAGUUUUGUCUUGUAAUUAGUUGUAAAAUUGUUUAUUUUAAUUAUUCUGAAGGAAAAGAGGGAAUGAGAGAAAAGUAGAGAGAGAAAGAGAUCUUUUAGGAAGGACUGAUUUCGACCAGGUGGUUCUCAAGCUUAUCCCUGAUGUAUUUGUUUCUGUCGCUAAAGUGCGUCUCAUCUAGACCUGAGUUAAGUUGAGAGAGUGGAGUUGUGUCAUUUUUUUUCGUUUUUUGGUAGCGAGAGGGGAUGUUGUGGGAACGCUUAAGUCUUUACAGGCUUAAGUUCCCCACAUUCGACUCCAUAGACGAGGCGUGCUUCGCGUCAUGGCUUUUCGUGAGAAAUCGCGGAUUUCCAGGGCCAGCGAUAGAAAUAGGUCCGUCGGAAGUUGGCGCUUGUUUAUGUCUAAACGUGAAGCUUCAGUGUCGUGGAAGUGCACACAUUUUGACAUAAAAAGAUUCGGUGAUCGCAUGGGCGAGAUCAGUCGCGAGGAAUAGAUUCCCGGAUGGUCCGGUCAGUCCCCCCGUGAGAGGCCAGUCAAGUUUUAGAAUUGUCAGUUUUCAGAGUGUUUUGUUGAUGUAAGAUUUUAUUGUGAUUAUUAUAUGUUAUACGAGAGUUAUAUGUGGUCCGUGUCAUUUUCCUGACCCCCCGGCAACAGAAUGUUCAUUCAUUCGUUCGUGCAUUUGUCCGUUCGUUCGAUCGUUUGUUUGUUUGUUUGUUUGUUUGUUUGUUCGUUCGUCCGUUCGUUCGUUCGUUCGUUCGUUCGUUCGUUCGUUCGUUCGUUCGUUCGUUCGUUCGUUCGUUCGUUCGUUCGUUCGUGCGUUCGUUCGUUCGUGCGUUCGUUCGUUCGAUUGUUCGUACUUUCAAUCGUUCGUUCAUUCAUUUGUUCAUACCCAUCAAUCACUUGUUGAUCUUUUAUUUAAUUUUGAAUGUAAGUUAGACCUUAAAAAGCUAAAGUUCAAAAUUAAAUUUGUAAAAGAACGUAGAUUAAUUCAACAUCGAAAUCGUUUUCUAUCUUUCAUAGCUGUGUAUAUGUAGGUCUUUUAAUCUGAGCGCUGUCUCACCCACUUUCAACUUGUAUAUUUGUUGAAAGUUAAAGUUAUGUUUACUUGUAGAUGUUUCUAGAAUACAGAUUUCAUCCGCUCUUGGCAUUAGCGUGUUAUGUCCUUAAUCUUUGCGUUUUCUUUCUUUUCUCCGCACCCCAAAUAAUUAAUGAUGUGAUGGUUUUUAUAUUAAUUUCAACUGUACUUUAAAGAAAUAUUAUCAUCUACUAACUGCAUCCUUCUAAAUCACCUAUAAAUGAUUUGUACAAUCAAA